AUGCUCUCAAGAAGUAUAGCUACCGCCGCCCGUAUGGUGCCCGCCACCAGGGCGCUGAGGCCCCGUUCGCACCCUCUCGUCAUGCUUCCCUCCAUGAUGCAGACCGUUCGCUCCUACGCCGAUUCCGUCAUCAAGGUUCCCCAGAUGGCAGAGUCCAUUUCCGAGGGUACUCUCAAGCAGUUUUCCAAGAGCAUUGGCGAUUAUGUGGAGCAGGAUGAGGAGAUUGCUACUAUCGAGACCGACAAGAUUGACGUUGCUGUCAACGCCACCGAGUCUGGUACCAUCAAGGAGUUCCUCGUUGCCGAGGAGGACACAGUCACUGUCGGACAAGACCUUGUUCGAAUUGAGCUUGGAGGCGCGCCAUCCGGUGACAAGGCGGCCCCUAAAGAAGAGUCCAAGGAGCAGCCCCAGAAGUCCGAGUCCGAAUCAAAGUCUGAAUCAAAACCUGAGCCCAAGCAGGAAUCCGCUCCUGAGCCUAAGAAGGAGUCUGCUCCUGCUCCCAGCAAGCCCGAACCUCCCCGACAGGCCGAGAAGAAGGACUCCAAGCCACAGUCUGCCGCUUCCAGCGGUCCCUCUAUGGGUAACCGAGAAGAGCGCCGUGUCAAGAUGAACCGUAUGCGCCUUCGAAUUGCUGAGCGUCUCAAGCAGUCCCAAAACACGGCUGCUUCCCUGACCACCUUCAACGAGGUCGAUAUGUCCAACAUCAUGGAGUUCCGCAAGCUCUACAAGGAGGACGUUCUCAAGAAGACUGGUGUCAAGCUUGGUUUCAUGAGUGCUUUCUCUCGAGCCUGCGUUCUUGCUAUGCGCGAUCUCCCUGCCGUCAACGCCUCCAUUGAGGGUCCCAACGGCGGUGACACCAUCGUCUACCGCGACUACGUCGAUAUCAGUGUGGCUGUCGCUACCGAGAAGGGCCUUGUUACCCCUGUCGUCCGAAAUGUCGAGUCUAUGGACAUGAUUGGCAUUGAGCAAUCGAUUGCUGAUAUGGGCAAAAAGGCUCGUGACAACAAGCUUACUAUCGAGGAUAUGGCUGGUGGCACCUUCACCAUCAGCAACGGCGGUGUUUUCGGGUCUCUCAUGGGCACACCCAUCAUCAACCUCCCCCAGAGUGCUGUUCUUGGCCUCCACGCUAUCAAGGAGCGCCCCGUUGCCGUUAACGGCAAGAUCGAGAUUCGACCCAUGAUGUACCUUGCUCUUACUUACGACCACCGUCUGCUGGACGGCCGGGAGGCUGUGCAAUUCCUUGUCAAGGUGAAGGAGUACAUUGAGGAUCCCCGAAGGAUGCUCCUGUAA